AACUGUCUGUGCUCUCAUGUUUCAUGCAGAGCAAGGUCCAGAGCAAGCAGGCCUACAUACUUUGUGGUGACGCGAAAUAUUCUCAACUUCAUAUAAUAUAAAUAAUCAAGGAACGGACACAUUCAGACUUAACAAGCGCUCCAAAGGACUUGUAUGAAUACCAGUAAGCCGCAGAAGCCCGUGCUCACAGGCCAGAGGUUUAAGACCAGGAAAAGGGAUGAAAAGGAGAAGUUUGAGCCAACAGUUUUUCGAGACACAAUUGUUACAGGCCUCAGUGAAGCAGGCGACGACCUGGAUGCUGUAGCCAAGUUUCUAGAUGUCACAGGGUCGCGACUGGACUACAGACGCUAUGCAGACACUCUCUUUGACAUCCUCAUCGCAGGAAGCAUGCUGGCUCCUGGAGGGACUCGUAUAGAUGACGGUGACAAGACCAAGGUGACAGCAUACUGCGUGUUCACCACUGAGGAAAGCCAUGCUGCUCUACGGCUAUAUGCUCAGGUUUUCAAUAAGCUCAUCAGGAGAUAUAAAUAUCUGGAGAAGGCCUUUGAGGAGGAAAUCAAAAAGCUGCUGCUGUUCCUGAAGGCCUUCAGUGAGUCGGAGCAAACCAAGCUAGCCAUGCUGACAGGCAUCCUGCUGGCCAACAGCACAUUACCACCUCCAAUCAUCACCAGCCUCUUCACUGACAGCGUGGUCAAAGAAGGGCUCUCUGCGUUGUUUGCUGUGAAGAUGUUCAAAGCAUGGAUCACAGAGAAAGAUGCCAAUUCAGUAACCUCAUCUUUGAGGAAGGCAAACCUGGAUAAAAGACUUCUGGAGCUGUUUCCUGCUAACAAGCAGAAUGUGGAGCAUUUCUCUAAGUACUUCACUGAAGCCGGGCUCAAGGAGCUGUCUGACUUCCUGCGUGUGCAGCAGAGUCUGGGAACCCGCAAAGAGCUGCAGAAAGAACUGCAGGAGCGCCUGUCCCAGCAGUGCUCCAUCAGAGAGAUGGUGGUGUAUGUGAAGGAGGAGAUGAAGAGGAACAAGCUACAGGAGCAGGCUGUGAUUGGCUUGUUGUGGAUGUGCCUGAUGAACGCUGUGGAGUGGAACAAGAAGGAGGAGCUGGUCACAGAGCAGGCGCUCAAACACCUCAAACACUACGCUCCUCUGCUGGCAGUGUUCAGCACUCAGGGUCAGUCUGAGCUGGUGUUGCUACUGAAGAUCCAGGAGUACUGCUACGACAACAUCCACUUCAUGAAGUCCUUCUCUAAGAUAGUGGUGCUCUUCUACAAAGCGGAUGUCCUGAGUGAGGAGGCCAUCCUGAAGUGGUACAAAGAUGGCCAUGCUGCCAAAGGGAAGAGUGUCUUCUUGGAACAGAUGAAGAAGUUUGUCGAGUGGCUCCAGAACGCUGAAGAAGAAUCGGAGUCAGAGGGAGAGGAGGGCUAGAGGUAGAGCAGCAGGAGUUCCUGUAGUCUGCAUCCUGUGGCCUGAAUGACAGUACAGCAGCUAACAUGUUUAAAGUCCAUCUGGGCUGAGGUGGAGGCAGUCCAACCACACCAACCACAAACCCACUCUCCUCCUAAGGCAGCCGAGCACCCGUCUGAGCACUGGGUAUGGAGUCAGUCCCACACAUGGACAUGGCCUUCCAGACGUCCAACCACCUCAGCUCAGACUCCAUCUAUUACACUGUCCAGGAACAGUAACAUGACCUCUGCAGUAGGUUUACACUUGUUUUAGACACACACACACACCAGUUUUACAAAGCACACAGUGUAUGGAACUUGGCAAUGCUCUUAUCAUUCUAUGAAUAAACUGGUUUUAUAUGUGUACACUCCUGUUUUUCUCUAUGAAUUUAAUAAAGCUCCAUUCACAGA